UGGGGCAGAGCCUCCGAUCGGCCAGCACCACCUGAGGAUCCUGGAACCGGCGCCCGCGAUGGAGGACGACCAGGAGCUGGAGAGAAAAAUGUCUGGAUUGAAGACCUCAAUGGCUGAAGGCGAGAGGAAGACAGCCCUGGAAAUGGUCCAGGCAGCUGGAACAGAUAGACACUGUGUGACAUUUGUUUUGCACGAGGAGGACCAUACCCUAGGAAAUUCUCUGCGUUACAUGAUCAUGAAGAACCCGGAAGUGGAAUUUUGUGGUUACACUACGACCCAUCCUUCAGAGAGCAAAAUUAAUUUGCGCAUUCAGACUCGAGGUGCUCUUCCAGCUGUUGAGCCAUUUCAGAGAGGGCUGAAUGAGCUCAUGAAUGUCUGCCAACAUGUGCUUGACAAGUUUGAGGCCAGCAUAAAGCACUAUAAGGAUCAAAAAGCAAGCAGAAGUGAAUCCACAUUCUAGUCCCUUGUGCAGGAUACAAGGAGGACUAAUCUCUGGGAUACUCUUCUUCAUGAUUGUGCAGAACCCAGAAUUAGAAGCUUGUGAUUACAACAACCUGCUCUAUCUUUCCAAAAAAUGUGGUUCUAGCUGUUGACCCAUUCAUCACAGCUGUUGGAAUCCCCGAAAGAACCUUUGUAUUCUCCUAAUAAAUUCCCUCUUUUAUUGAAACUA